AUGGGCAAAAGGAGGGAGGAGCAUGCAUACUCGGAGGAGGGAAACCAAAAGCGGAAGGAAGAUCAGGGCGCACGAGUAAGAGUGGAGCGACGGGCGAAGGUGACAGCAGAGGUUCGCAUGGUUGCUCAGAUAGUUCUCCCUGGGAAGCGAAAGAGGAUGGUAGCAGCGGAGAGACCAGCAGGGAUGGGGCAGCGGGAGCUAGAGGAUCUGAGGGAGGACGAGGGCUCCUCUCCUCUGUCGUCCAUAACUGAGAUGGAGAGAGAGGAGGAAGUCAACCUCGCGUCCAAGUCUUGCAGGCCCGAGGAGAUGGGGGUCGCUCGAUGGGUAGGGGAACGAGUGGGGAGGGAGGAAGAGAACGAGCUGUACGAGAGUUUCGCCAAGAACGGAGACGUGAUCUCCCUGCUCGACUGCGUCUACGUGAAACCGGAGGAGAAGGACCAGGCUGCGUAUAUCAUGAGGAUUCGAAAGCUGUGGGGAUGCUCGACGACCGGGCAGAUGAAGUUCCGCGGUCAGUGGCUGUACAGGCCACAGGAUACGAAGCAUGGCAGCUCGUGCUGCCUGCAUGCUCGUGAGGUGUUUUUGAGUGACUGGGAAGAUGAAAAUCCGAUCGACUGUGUGCAAACCAAAUGUAAUGUUCUCUUCCUCGACAAGCCUCCGACAAGGGAGGCUGAUGCUUCUGACUCCUGCCAACCCUCCUCUCCUCUUGGACGAAGAUUUCAUUAUGUCUGCUGGAGAUCAUACAGUGUUCACACGGGGGAGAUCAGAGAGCUUGCAGACUCGUUGCCAGGGAGGAAGAAGACGAACCCUAUGAGCCAACGGCUGAAGGAGCUCCGGGGGGAGCAGGAGGUGCUGCUUCUCCAAGUGAGCGACGGGCGGCGCGCCAGGGAGGCCAUGCAAGAGGCUGGCCACUUGUACGCCGACGCUCUGUCGAGGUAA